AUUGUAGAGAGCGGUGACCCGAGCGCGGCUGCGGCAGCCAAAGCAAAGAACACUGUGGCGGCGGAAAAGUCCAAGAAAGUGCCCAACGACCAACGCUCAACGACUCCGUACAUGACCAAGUACGAGAAGGCGCGCAUACUGGGAACGCGCGCCCUGCAGAUCAGCGGUAACGCGCCCGUCCUCAUUGAUGUAGAGGGCAUGACGGAUCCUCUUGAGAUUGCUCAGAAAGAACUGCGCGAGAAGAAGAUUCCUUUGGUGGUGCGGCGAUAUCUCCCCGAUGGCUUCUAUGAGGACUGGACGUGCGAGGAACUCCUGACAUAG